UAGAAAAAUGUUUGCAGUUUUGAAAUAAGCGUGAUUACAGGCAUAGUAGACAACCCAAAAAAGAUGAAACAAACCAAGAAAUACAUAAAUACAUCCAGACUGCACAUACUCUGACAGCGCCAAAACUCUUCAUUUCACAAUUUCAGAUGGAGUUUUACAAAAGCAGAGCUUUAAUUUGAGACCUUUAUUUUGACAGGAGAUUUAAGAGGGGACUUUUAUUUUGACACGAGUACUGUUACGCGCAUGCUCUGUUCUCAAUCCUCAUCCGCGUGUAUACGGGAAGAGCUGUUUUUCUGUUAAAUAUUCAUCUUUAGUACGUCGUAGACAAUAAAUUUGACAUUCUUAUAUUCUCCCAUGUUAAAAAUAAAUUUAUUUCACGUUCACAUUCCUCUGGUCCAUUCUAAAGCACAGAUGUCUGCAUGAAAACAACACGGUAAUAAUGGCUUCCAGAAUCAAACAAUACAAACAAAGUCAGAGUUCUUCAGCUCAAGUUAUUAAGAAGGACAAACGAAAUCAAAUGCAGGCCCAUGCAAAGAGACCAACCAAAAUGAAAGAUCAAAGCUCUGAUGAUGAUGAUGAUGAUGAAGAGGCUUUAGAAAUGGAGCAAAACUUUGCUUUACUCAGUAAAAGGAGCUCCAUGCAAACUUCAGUAGAGGAUGAAGAGGGUCAUUCUGAAGAGGAAGACGAGGAAAUGAGAGAGGAAGAUGGAUCUGCAGAGGAUGAUGAAGCCCCUGAAGAGCAUGAAGACAAUGCUCUGGAUGAUGAAGAGGACUCAGGGAGUGAUGAAGAUUUGUCCGAGUCAGAUAGUGAGCAGGAGGAAGCUGUUAAUGAAGGAGGCAGCAAAGACAAACCAUACACAGAAUUCAUUAAAAAAGAAUUAUCAACAAUGUCAUUUGAGGAAAUAAUGAUGUUACAGAAUAAAUUUGGAACUAAAGCAUACAAUAAAAUUGCGUAUGGUGCCAAAAGACAGCAGCAGCAGAAAAAUGAGCCAAUGAAACGACUGAACAAACACAAACCUCAGGAGAUUUCUGCAAAGAAACAUGUGCCUUUCCUCAGAAAAGUGAUUCCCGUCAAGAAAAGGAUUUCAAGGGACCCUCGAUUCGAUGAUCUCUCUGGAGAAUACAAGCCUGAAAUAUUUAACCAGACAUACAAAUUCAUUAAUAACCUCCGAGAAAAGGAAACACAGAUAGUGAGGAAAAAGCUCAAGAAAGCUAAAUCGGAGAGUAAGAAGGAAGAAAUGAAAGCCCUGCUUAAGAGACUGGAGAACCAGCAAAGAGCUCGUCAAAGGCAAGAGCAGGAAAGAGAGAAGGAACUUCAGUUCAAGAGGAAACAGAGAGAGCUGGCUGGCCAGGGACACAAACCCUUCUACCUGAAAAAAUCUGAUAAGAAGAAGCUGGAACUCGCGGAUAAAUACAGCGAGUUGAAAAAGAGCGGAAAACUGGAGAACUUCUUGAGUAAGAAGAGGAAACGUAACACCACCAAGGACCGCAAAAAGCUGCCCAAUCAGCACAAGGCACGCUGAAUACAGACCAAUCACAGCUCAUCUGCUGCACUUUGUGUGGUUUGUUAUCUUAGUGUGAUGAUGAUGCAGAAGCAUGUCUGCUAAAUAUAAGAAGUCAUUUUUACCGGAGGACUAUGGUAUGCCAAAAGAGGGAUUUCAGUUUUACAGUUUUAAAAUUUCAGUUGCACAGAACUGGAUAAAGAUUUAUUUUGUGAACAAAUUUUACGUUUUGGAUGUUUUACCUUAAUAGCCACAGCAACUCAAGUCAUUUUUCCAUUCUUUGUUGUUUAAUUAAAAUGUGAUAUAAAAUGUGUUUAAUAUUUUGGGAUUUUUCUUUAGAUAAAAUCAAAUCGCUGGUCAGACAGCAGUGGAUUCAUUUAUUCUUUUACACUUUUCCAGUUUUACCACUAGAUGGAGCUAAUAACUCUUUAAAAACAUUUUGCACAAAUCUAAAUUCAAACCCAUGGAACUUAAUAUGCAGAAAAAUCUGAACUACCACUGAAUGACGUUGAUCCAUUUUGCGACCUCAAGGGCACUAGACAUAAACCCAUUUCAUACACAGACAUCUGUCUGCUGGAUGAGUCAACUCUUAUUCUCAUCUACCCUCUCAAAAUCCCAAAAUAUUUUUUCAUUUCGUCUAGAUCAUGACCCAUUUAAACAUGGUCUGUAUAGGCCGACAUUUUUUGAAGUUUUGCACUCCGUUGUAUCAUGAAAUUGCCUUGAUAAUUAAAGGCAUGGUUCUCCCAAAAAUAAUAAUAAAAUAAUUAUUUGCAUCAGUUUGAUAUAUUAAACCCCCUUUUUCAGUUUUAUUCCUGGAUUUACCCACUUUAUUUAUAGUAAACCUUGCUGUCUUGGCACAAACACCCCUCGAUGGAAAAGGCCUCAAUUAAUCAUUUAAUGACAUUCUUGUGUAAAGGAUGGGACAAGCGCUGUUAUAAAUCUUCCUAACCUGAUGUUCCUCGUGCAACUAGAGUCCAUCACUUCCCCUACGGGAGUGGAAUUAAUGCUUCAUGCUAAUUUAAAGAAGGGCUUUUUUUUUUUUUUUUUAAUAAACAGGGCACUC